AUGGAAGAGAAGUGUUUACCAGAACAAAUAACAUGCGAAGAGUACAUUAGAAUGGGAGAAAAAAUAGAGACGCCCAUUUCGUUGGAUAAAGCAAAAGAAAUGUUUUUGCGGCUUUCUUUGGUGGAGGGCUACGAAGAAGAGUCUGUGCAUGCGCAGCUGCUUUCGUAUGUGCAGGCGAUUGAGCAGCAGGCUGGGCUUAACGAGUGCUUUGAAAUGAUUGAAGGCGCUUUGCACAGAAGGCCCAAGCGAGAAACGGACAUAGCGCAGAUAAACGCGGUUCUGGAGGUAACUGUUGCAAAAAUAAAAAAGUACGAGGGCAAGUGGCUGGAUAGGUUUUCCGAGCCGGAAAUAAAGCCAAAGGCAGAGGCUCCUCUUGCCCAAGAGAAAUCUAGCACAGACAUCCUGGAAAUCCCGAAGCACCCGCUGCCCAGCAUAAUCCGGUCCGGGCUGUUCACGAUUAAGAAGCUGGCCAGGCUGCGGCACGAGCUGCGGCUGCGGAAAGAGCGGGCCGAAAAGGCUGUUGAGGAGGAAGAGGCCAAGGAAGAAGAGGAGGAGAAGACGCUCCUGGCCUUUUUGGAGAGCCUUCCGGAAAGGGUGGUUGAGGGCCUGUCAGGCAUGCUGCAGGAGGUAGACAGCACAAAGCUGUUUAUGGGAGACUGGGAGGGCACGAUGUGCCCGAACAUGCAGCUGGACUUUAUUGAGCUGUCGCUGUCGUUCCUGGAAAUGCACAUCCGAAUGUCGGUCAAAGCGGGGAGAGCGCUGGGGAGCAGGAGCCUGCUGGAGAGCCUCACGUGCUUUCUGUACAAACAGUACAUUGGGCACUUGGGAGAGCAGUUUAUUGAGGAGCUGGAGGUCGAGCUGGUUGGGUGCUUUAGCUUGGCCAUGCAAAUGUCGAUUCUUUUGAAGGGGCCUGCGUUCACAGACUGCUUUUCUCUGUUCUCCGAGGAGGGCAAGACCAUUCUGCAGGAUGCGUACAUUUUUUACGUGCAGAACUCUGCCCUGAACGCGCUUGGGCUGCUGUACCACAGGGAGAAGAACCAGGCGCUGGUUGACAUUGUAUAUUCUUUCUACACAACAGGGUGCCUUGACGUGUUCAUGCCGCAGCAGAAAAAGCAGAUAAUCAGCAGCUCUGUGGACAUUCUUACCAAGUACCUCGACCAAGAAAGCAUUAUGGUGCUUAUUCGGAAGAUCAUAUACCUGUACGACAGCGCCGCGCAGCGCUCGGAGGGAAUGUCGCUUCUGGUGUCUAUCUUUCUGUCAAAGAUUCGGUCGCGAAGCAAAAGCAGCACAAAGGAGAUCAAUGAGUUUUUUAUCAAAAUAAUAUCGAGAAGCCAAAACAAGAUCGAGCACAUUGACUCAUACUGCACCUUUUUGUCGAUGCACGACAUCGGCAUUCCCCUGCACCAUCUCAUACGAAGAUACGACCCGCAGUUUAUUUCCACGUUCUAUUCGACAUAUUUUAGGCACCCGUUCACGCAGGAAAAGGGCACGCAGGCGGUGGGGGACUUCAUCAACUUUGUCUGCAUGUCUGCCGACCUCACGUACAUAUACAUAAUGAACAUGGUUCCGUUUAUCCCAACCUCUCCCUUCAUUGUGCACAAGCUGUUUUUGAUAUACAAGAGAAUAUAUGCAAACGCAAGCAUUUUCACGCGCGGCAUAGAGACCGAGCUGCUGCUCCUCCGGAUGAAAACGCCGGCUCUUGUGGGGAUUGCAGGGUUUAUAUUCAGCGACCCCACCCCGCUCAUUAAAAAGAAGGACCUCAAGAAAAUGGCCGCUGUGAUCGGGAUAAGCCCCAACCUCAACGAAGACUACAUAGUGUUUUUGAGCCUGGUCUACACGGUUGAGGCGGCCAAGCUGGAAAACUACAACUACAAGGGGAUCAUUAGCUAUUUGAAGGACGAAGUCACCUUGAAGUACAUGGGCAAGCAUCUGCCGUGCAUUAUCACCAGGCUGCACAGAGAGGCCUCGGUUGAGUCGCUGGACUUCUAUAAAACAUAUGCAUGCGACCUGCUAAAGGUCGCCUCUGUGCCCACUGCGUAUCCGCUGUCGCUGAAGAUUAUUGUGGAAAUACUUACGAUCAUUGUGCAGAAGGAGCCGUCUGUGGUGCUCUCCGAGGAGUUCCACCAGCGGUUCAAAGAGUGCUUUGACACGUUUCGGGGAAACGAGCUGUCUAUGUUCAACCUAAAAGAGACUUUCCUCAGCUACAUGGCGCUGUACAAGAGCAUACUUUCUCAGAUCAAAGAAGAGGUUAUUGAGGUGUACAACUACAUUGUGCUGAACAUUGUAGACCUCGGGCUCUUCAACGCGCUUCCGGUGAUGAGAGACGAAAGAGGCAUAAAAGAGCUUCUCAACCGGUCCAACCUUAUCAUGGAAAUAAUCCGGACUUUCCCAACCACACCGAUGCCGGGCACCGAGAUCUGGGAGUGGAUGUACUCUGUAUGCACCAAAAAGCCCGCGCGGCCUGCGCUGGCGCAGAUAUGCAGCAGCGGAAACGGCGCGCCCAGCAGCAGCGCAUGUGCGGGGCAUUCUGGGGGAAGCGCCGUGGACUUGCUGGUGGGCAAGGCGCCGCUGACCGAAGAAGAGUACUCACACCUGCUCUAUGCAAUAAAUACCGAGUGGAUUAAUGACCUGAUUAUAAUGCGAAGCGGAACGCCAGGGAUCAUUGAGAACACGCGAAACUACUUGAGGUGGAUGCUUGUGGAAGAGUACUCUCUGGAAAGCCUUUUGAUUCUGCUGAAGGUUUCCAACAGAGAGGAGAAGCGCGAGCUGCUGAAAAAAGCGGUUCUGACUGGGUACUGUGUGAAGGACGAGCCGGCCGUAUAUUACUCGCUGUACACGCUGGCAAAGGGGACUUUCUACGAGUAUCCGCUGGCGCAGACAUACAACUUCCUGUGCGCGCUAGACAAGACCAGAAAGUCGCUUAAGGUCAGAAAGCUGAAGGAGCAGGAGCUGUACGACCUGGGCGUGGACGAGCUGAUUUUCCUCAGCACAGAGUACGGAAUAAAAAAAGUGGACGAGGUGCUGCUGAAAAAGCACAUAUGCAGAUGCUCGGGGUUUUUUGUGGACAUGAGCCGGCUUACCUCGAUUGAAGCGCUCUCUGUUGUGGGAACUUCGGAGGACGAGCAAGAAAUAGAGAAGGCCCUCAACUUUUUGGAGGCGGAGGAAAGCAGGGGAAACACACUUCUUUUCUUCACCCCGCAGAUUGUGCAGCUGCUCCGAAAGAACUAUGCACGGAACGGGCCUGCCAUAAAGGAGGCGCUGACGCGGAUAGUCCGAAACAAAACUGCGCACGCCCUCAUAUGGGAGAUAAAGGCGCACGGCGACAGCCUUUUGCAGUCGUAUGAGGAGGGAAUACUGAAUGAAAUGACGCACGAGGAGAGGGAGCAGUACAACAAACAGAGCGAGUUUCUGAAAAGCUUCACACACAUUUCGGAGAAGCUGCAGAAGUACGUGUCUAUGGACAGAGACGCAAAGAAGCGGCUUAUCAACCAGGCAAUAUCAGAGGUUUCGUUUCCAGAGGGAUGCUACCUCCCUACGACGGGCGAAACUGUGAUAAAGCUUGUCGAAGGGUCUGGAAGAGCGCUGCAGAGCGCAGAGAAGGUUCCGUAUAUGGUGACCUUUAAGGUGAACGACGAGAAAACAAACGAGGUAGUGGACCGGCAGGUGAUAUUCAAGUUUGGAGACGACUGCAGGCAGGACGUGCUUGCCUUGCAAAUCAUCCAGAUAUUCCAGAACAUAUUCAAAGGAAAGGGGCUGUCUGUGUACCUGUACCCGUACAAAGUGCUUGCCACCGGGUUUGGCUCGGGCAUUAUAGAGGUGAUUCCGCACUCAACCUCAAGAGAUCAGAUAGGGCGCGAGAGAGUGAACAACCUUGUGGACUACUUCUCUCUGAAGUACGGGUACCGCGAGGGGCACAAGUACAGCCAGGCGCUAAAGAACUUUGUAGAAAGCUUUGCAGGGUACUCUCUGGUGACAUACAUUCUGAACAUAAAAGACAGGCACAACGGGAACAUAAUGCUGACAGACGAAGGACAUCUAAUACAUAUCGACUUUGGGUUUAUGCUGGACAUAUCGCCCGGAAGCAUAAACAUAGAGAGCCCGAUAAAAAUAACAGAUGAAAUAUUCUCGCUGCUGGGCGGAGCAGACGGAGAGGCCUUUAUGUUGUACAAGGACCUGAUGGUAAAGGGGUUUUACAUACUGCGGAAGAGAGCCAAGGAAAUUGUCCUUAUGAUUGACAUGGGAAGACACAGCGGCUUGUCCUGCUACACGUCGGCAACAAUGAAAAAUCUGGUCUCUCGCUUCCGCCUGGAUCUUGAGGACGCUGAGGUGCCGGCUUUUGUGUACAAGCUUAUUACAUCAUCGACCAAGAAGCUAAGAACGUGGAUAUACGACCAAUAUCAGCACCUUACAAAUAACAUUGCGUUCUAG